CCAUAUAUAUAUAUAUAUAUAGAUAUCUCUCUCUUUCUCUCUCUCUCUCUUUUCCUCGGUGUCUUCUCGGGGAGUCCUGUCCGUACAUCCAUGGCUUUCGUUUCCUUCGUUGGGAGGGUUCUCUUUGUGUCUGUGUUUAUUCUCUCUGCUUGGCAAGAGUUCAAUGAAUUUGGUACUGACGGUGGACCAGCAGCAAAGGCUUUGAAGCCGAAAUUCCAUGUUUUCUCUAGUCACCUGUCAACUCAAACUGGUUUCAAAGUGCCAGAAGUUGAAAUUAAAUAUCUGGUGGCUGCUGCAUUAGCCUUGAAGGGCAUUGGCAGCCUUUUUUUCAUCUUUGACAGUUCACUUGGAGCCUAUCUACUGCUUCUGCAUCAGGCAAUUACCAUUCCUAUAUUGUAUGACUUUUACAACUAUGAUGUCGAGAAGAAAGAGUUCGCUCAACUUUUCCCAAAGUUUACCCAGAAUUUGGCAUUGUUUGGUGCUUUGCUCUUUUACAUAGGCAUGAAGAACUCUAUGCCAAGAAGACAACUGAGGAAAAAACCGGCCCCAAAAUCGAAAACUACAUAAGAAGGAACGUCGAGUGAUGUGACCUUUCAGUUUCUCAAAUAUGCCUGAAUGUUAUUCAGGAACUAUUUUUGUAUGCUUGUAUUGUCAAGGGGCUCUUCUUUUUCAAAAAUUUAGGUAAAUUGAUUUAGAGAAGGAACCAAAAAAAAAAAAAAAGUGCCCUUUUGCUUGUUUUGAAGGUGUGAUGUUGUUUUUCUUACUGAGCCAGUUUGUUUACCACUGAAUUGAGGUUUAGAAAAGAUACGUGGUCCAUUGAUAUC